AUGACUUUUAGGCAGGAGACACCAUUGCGAGGCUUGAGUUACCAAGAACUUCUCAGGCGCAGCGUGACCACGAGUCCUCCAGCACAGAUAGCCUACGCAGAAAGAUCAAAAGAGCACAAAACAUCGGCGGAAGAGAGCGCAUCUUUUCAUAUCGACUCUUCGCGUCUCGGAAAUUCUCCAGGUUGUCCCGACAACGAUAGCGCGUUUGCGUUUGCGACUUUACAAUGUCCUGUGGUGGUGCAUGCGGGGCCAUUCACUCAUCCUCGAAAUCGCAAUCCUGAAACCAUUCCUCAUAUACCGAGCCAGAAGUACCUCUUUGGUCCGCCUGAGUCCCAUGUUCAGCCCGAUGCAGGUUUAAAGUCAUCCACGUCCUUCGACGUCACAUUCCCUUUCGACAUGGUUAGAGAACAAGCGCCGGCACGAGAUCCUCUUCAGCCCACUAUGGCGAACGCUGUGCCUCCCUCCAAACCCCAAGCAAAAGAGAAGGGCCCAAAUCUUAUCAAUAACAGUGUCUCUCAGCAACUAUAUCCAACCUUACAAAACCCACCUGCGAUUGAGCCUCAGUUCGGCAAGCCUACAGCACUAGGAGCCUCUCCACAACCGUACUCAAAGACACAACCUCUUACGAGACUGAUCGCAAAUGUAUCAGCUCCGCGACAAGUAAGCGGCAGUCACGGAGACAAAUACUCAAACCUUUUUGUUGCAUCGACAAAGCCAUCGUACAGACCGGAGCUGCACAAGCCGCAUAUUGUCGCCAACCCACUGCAAGCGCUUCGAGACAGCCAGCAAGGGCCAAGUCAACCCAAAUCGACGGCUUCAUCACGGCCCCGACAUUCCGAUGACGAUGUUUUCGAGAUACCCAAGCCUGUAAACUUCCCCAGUUGGCAGCCGAAACCCGUCGCCCCUCCCACGUUUUCCUCUCAGCAAUCCACAAACCCUUACUUCAGACCUCAGAAUGUCGUUGACCUCACUUUCGAUCGUCCAACUCAGCCUGCAUAUCGCGAACCAUUCCAACAAGAGCAAUAUGCUGCCUCGGACCCUUACAUGUACAUGGACUCGGGAAAGGCCAACGAGGAUCUGAAAGCGUUACUCGAAGGUGCUUUUGAGGAUGAAGAAGAUAAGCCACGGACGCGCAGAAGAAAGAGGCAGCAGGAUGCUAAGGUGGAAGAACUCUCUGAGAAGAUGAACAAUAUGACAGUCAAGAAUGAGCAAUCAACAGACAAGGAUGACGAUGCGGCCGGGGAAGACGCAGAUGACGAGGAUGAUGGAACAGUCCCUGGACUCAAGGUCAAGCUUCUACCUCAUCAGAUUGAGGGCGUUAGCUGGAUGACCGACAAAGAAACCGGCACGAAGAAGACUCGAGGUGUGCUGCCAAAGGGAGGAAUUUUAGCAGAUGACAUGGGUCUUGGAAAAACGAUACAGUCAAUUGCCCUCCUGCUUAUCAAUCCCAAACCCAGUGCUGAAGAGCUCGCCAAGAGCAAACGCAAAUUACCAGAAGGACUCGGCAAAGGUACGCUUGUUGUUGCACCUCUUGCGCUGAUCAAGCAAUGGGAGGGAGAGAUCAAAGAUCGUGUCGAAGCAGACCACGCCUUGAGUGUAUGUGUCCAUCAUGGACCAGGCAGAACGAAGAACUAUAAAGACCUGAAGAAGUACGAUGUCGUUAUUACAACUUACCAAACUCUGUCAUCGGAGCACGCAGGAUCGGAAGGCUCUUUGAAGGUUGGAUGUUUUGGUAUUCAUUGGUACAGAGUCAUCCUAGACGAGGCCCACUCGAUCAAGAAUCGAAAUGCAAAGGCAACAAAGGCCGCUUGUGCACUCAACGCGGAAUACCGAUGGUGCUUGACCGGAACGCCAAUGCAGAACAAUCUCGACGAAUUGCAGAGUCUGAUUCACUUCCUCCAGAUCAAGCCAUAUGACGACUUGAAUCAAUGGCGGGAGCAGAUCACGAAACCCAUGAACAAUGGUCGAGGUGGACUUGCACUUAGGAGGUUGCAAGUAUAUCUGAAGGCCUUUAUGAAACGAAGAACGAAAGAUGUUCUCAAGGAACAAGGUACAGGAAAGCCAGGCGCCACAGGAAAGGCACCUGGUUUCAAGAUCGUGGCUAGGACCGUUGAGAAGGUGCAAGCAGAAUUUACUGUACAAGAACGUGAAUUCUAUCAGCGUCUGGAGUCAAGAACCGACCGAAGUCUUGAGAUGAUGAUGGCGGGCAACAAGAUGAGCUAUGCAUCUGCAUUGGUGCUUUUGAUGCGUCUUCGACAAGCGUGUAACCACCCCAAGCUCACUGGAAGUGAUUUGAGCAACGAAACCGAUGCAUCAAACGGCACUCAGACACCGAGUCGAAAGAAGGCAAGUGUUGAGGAUGAUAUGGACAGUAUCGCGAACAUGCUUGGCGGGUUGAGCGUCGAGACCAAGAGAUGCGACGUUUGUCAGAUUGAGCUGAGUGCCAAAGAGGCCUCUAACGGAGCCAUUCGUUGUGCCGAGUGUGAAGCGGAUCUGGAAGAGCAGAACUUGCAAGUCAAAGAAAAGCGGAGAGCCAAGAAAGAGAAGAGAAUCAAGCAAGAACGACAAGCGAUUCGAGCGCAGCGGAAAGAAGCUCGACGCGUUAUCGAGGACAGCGAUGAUGAAGACGCUUCAGCCCCAGAUGAAGAGGAGGAGGCUUCCUCCGUUGACGAUGAUGAUGAGUACUCAUCUGACGAAUCCGAUUCUCAGGAACCUGCACUACUGCAGUCCACAAAGAUUCGACAUCUCGUUUCAAUCUUGAAGGCCGACUCUCACCAGCACAAGUACAUUGUCUUCUCCUUCUUCACAUCCAUGCUCGACCUGAUCGAACCAUUUCUCAAGGAGAACCGCAUUCGCUUCGCACGAUAUGAUGGCAAGAUGCGGAACGAUGCGCGAGAAGCAAGCCUCCACUCAUUGAAGACGGAUCCCUCAACGCGGGUCUUGCUGUGUUCACUUCGUGCCGGCAGUCUCGGACUCAAUCUGACCGCAGCCAGCCGCGUGGUUAUUCUGGAGCCAUUCUGGAAUCCGUUCGUAGAGGAGCAGGCGAUUGACCGUGUGCACCGACUGAAUCAGACGCAGGACGUCAAGGUAUACAAGCUUACGGUCAAGGGCACGGUGGAAGAGCGGAUCUUGGAUUUGCAAGAGAAGAAGCGGGAACUGGCAAACGCGACGAUCGAAGGCAAGAAGGGUGCGAUGAAGUUGACGUUGCAAGAUAUGCUGAAGCUGUUUGGACGCGAUGCAGAGAGCGACCACCCCAUUGAGGUGGACUCUCUCGGGAUCGGGCAGAGAAGUAAAGGCUUGUUGGAUUCAAGCGGGUCGAGGGUGGCUCCACAGAGUGCAUCGACGUCGUCAGCAGGUGGUGGUCAUGGCAGUGGUGGUCGCGAGAGGGAGAGGGAGCAAGUUCGAGUCAGUGACGGUACGAAGAACCCACGCAAGGAGCACGAGAUCUAUGGCAGGAGAUGGUGA